AAAGCUGAAAGAACCAUUGUUCAGUAAACUUCCUGUAAGCAGGUAGACUCAUGUGGGCUGGUGAAGGCAGAUAAGAGUUAUCUCUUUAUAGAGAAAGGGGAGCAUAACACCUUGUUGGUGGGAUCAUAGCUCCACUCCACUGCUCGGGUCCGUUCCGCCCACCUACCGGCAACCUCCGCCCAGUUGACCCAGCAUCAGAGCAAACCCACCGGACAAGUCUCAGAGCUCCGCUCGGCAGAGGUAGCGGGGAGUCCGAGCAGCUGGUGUCCGAGGGCAGCGGGGAGGAGCGGGGAGCGCCUCGGGGGUAACUCGGAGAACGGCACUCUCCUGGAAGUUAGCACCUCCGUUAUAAAGAGGAGGCGGUCCUUUUCCCCACAGCAGAUGGUCAAAGGUGGAUUUUCUCAUCACCAUGAGUCCCCGCUACAGAGUUAACUUCAACACCAUGAUCUUCCUGGUCAUCCUGCAGGGGGCAGCAGUGGUGCUGUUCUGCCACUGGUACAUUCAGCUCACCCCCUGCGAGUCUCCCCCUCCUCAAAGGAAAGUUCAUGUCUUGUUGCUGUCGUCAUGGCGAUCGGGUUCGUCCUUCCUGGGUCAGGUUUUCAGUCAGCACCCGUCUGUUUUCUAUCUGAUGGAGCCCGGUUGGCACGUGUGGACCAGAGUGCAGAAAUCUGGAGCCCGGCUCCUCCGGAUGGCUGUGAGGGACUGUGUCCGGAGUCUCUACCAGUGUGACUUCUCAGUGAUGGAUGCCUAUCUCCCAGAAAUCCACAACAUGUCAUCCUUAUUCAUGUGGUACCAGAGCCGGGCUCUGUGCUCGCCGCCCAUCUGUUCCAUCACAAAACGCGGUCAGAUGAGCAACCACACUCAGUGUCGUCUGAAGUGUGACGCUCAAAGUCUGCAGAAGGUGGAGGAGGCCUGCAGGUUAUACAGCCAUGUGGUGUUAAAAGAAACGCGAUUUUUUGAGCUGGAGUCUCUCUAUCCUCUUUUGCAAGACCCUAACUUGGAUCUUCGCAUCGUUCAUCUGGUCCGGGACCCGCGGGCCGUGAUGCGUUCCAGAGAGGAGUCUGCUAAAUCCUUUGAGAGAGAUAAUGCCGUUGUCCUGGAGCAGAGAAACGUCCCUUCGGGUGAAGUUCAGUACAAAAUGAUGCAGGAAAUCUGCCGGAGCCACGUUCGCAUUAAUGAGAGGGCCGUCCUGAAACCUCCUCCGUUCCUAAAGGGUCGCUACAAAAUGGUUCGCUAUGAAGACAUAGCACGCAACCCGCUGAAGGAGAUCAGUGAUAUUUAUGAUUUUGUUGGUUUGGAUUUGACCGAUGAGAUGGCUGAGUGGAUCUACAAGGUGACUCAUGGAAAGGGGAGAGGCUCCAGGACGGAGUCUUUUCAGAUAACCUCCAGAAGUGCUGCUGAUGUAUCUCAGGCUUGGCGCACCGCUCUGCCUCACAACAAGGUUAAGCUUGUUCAGGAAGUAUGUAAAGGUGCCAUGUCUCUGCUCGGCUACAAGACAGUGGACAGUGAAAAGGAACAGAAGAGAUUUGACAUCGAUGUGUUGGUUCCACAGGAACCGUAUCAGUUCAGCUGGGUAUCGACAAAAACGCAGCAUCCAAGUAAAAGUUAAAAAUUGGACGUCACAGAUCUGCCUCCUGGAUCCACCUCGGCCGUGUCGACUCAGACGGAUUCAUGACCAAAAGGGACAAGGGGACAGUGGGAUUGUUCUCUCAGCCAACACGUUCUGUUUACAUGAUUCAAAUAAAGCAUUCAGUGGUGUCGUA